AUGUCUGCUGAGAGCCCCAUCUCCCCUACUGGCAGCAAGCCAAAGUCGCAGGUCUAUGAAGGCGGCUGCCACUGUGGUGCCGUAAAGUAUACAGUCAAGAUCUCACCACCCAUCGAGGAAGGCCCAGUCACGAGUUGUAACUGCUCAAUCUGCCACAUCAACGGCUACCUCAUGGUCUAUCCACUGGACUCAAACAUCACCUGGCAGUCGGGAUUCGACGGCAUGACCAAGUACAGCUUCGGCCAGAAACGCGUCAUGCACUCUUUCUGUCCCAAGUGCGGCACUGCCAUCGGCUGCAAGUCGGGCGACCCCAAUUUCUUCGCCGACAACCGUGCCAUCAACGUGCGGACUCUCCAGGGCGUCGACCUCGAUAAAUUGAAGCUGAGGAAAGUUAACGGGCGCGCUUCAUAG